AUGGCGUCAUCAACACCCUCUAAGCCAAAGUGGGCAACAGUCAAGACGACUUUACCUGUUCGUCCGUUGCCGCUCAACUCCAUGCGAGUUCCAGUCACAACUGAUCGCUUAAUCAUCCGGGCUCUGGCUGCUGAAGACCUCGACAGCCUGCACUUGCUCCGCUCACAGCCCGAGGUUAUGAUAAACACUCCCCAGGGAAGACCCGACAAAGAUAUUGACGAGACGCGGCCAAAGCUCGAGUUUUUCCUCCCUCCAAAGGAUGACGCACACUACAAUUUCGCCGUGUGCCUCAAAGAAACUGGCGAGAUGAUUGGCAUCGGCGGCUGCCACCAGCUGAAAUCCAUCUUUGGCUGGCCCGCCAUGGGAUACAUGUUUCGCAAGGAAUUCUGGGGCAAGGGAUAUGCAACCGAGUUUACCAAGGGGUGGCUGGACAUGUGGUGCAAGCUGCCCCGAGAAGAGGCAGAAGUUGAAGUUGAUCAGCGCAGCUUUCCCGAGGGAGAUGAGAAAGCAGUGGAGAUAAUGACGGCGUUUACGUCUGCGGAAAACCUUGCUAGUCAAAAUGUCCUUUCCAAGGCUGGGUUUGAGCGCUUUCUGGAUUGGGAGGAUGCCGAUUUGCGAAAUCCGGAUGCCCAGAUAACUUUGGUGGCAUACAGGUAUUUCCCAAGCAAGCACGUGGCAAAUUGA